AUGAGGGGUAAAUAACACAGACCCUCACUCUGUAUAACGAAUGUUUGGAAACUUCUUACAACCAUGAGACCUCCAAAAGACUCACAGAGUUCCGCUGCACUAAUAAUGGUUAUAUUUUUAGUGAUAAACACCUGCACGAGCCGGGCGCUUUACGGAAGCAGAAGAACAACCGUCUCACCUGAGAGCGGAUUUGGGGCAAAGGAGCGUUUUCAGAUCGUUACACAACACAAUCGACUGCGCAGUCGGGUCGAGCCCAUGGCGGCCAACAUGCAAAAAAUGGAGUGGAGUGACGCGCUGGCUGCUCUCGCUCAGAUAACGGCUGAGUCCUGCUCAGAGAACAGCGCUGCAUCCGAAGCGGACGCCGAACACGUCGGCUGGAACGUCCAUCGGUCUCCUCAUGGCGUAGACUCUUACUCUGACAUCAUCAACUCGUGGUUCCAGGAAGGGUAUCACUAUGUCUAUCAAAACGGACGCUGCAAAAGCAACCACACCUGCAAGCAUUAUACACAGAUGGUGUGGGCUACAUCCAGUCAGGUGGGCUGCUCUUUGCACCUGUGCAGAGUUGGAGUCAAACACUGGGACAUGUUUGUGUGUGCUUACUUCCCUGGGGGAAACUGGGAGGUGAAUGGCCAGGAGGUGAUGCCCUAUAAAUCAGGAGUGUACUGCUCUCUCUGCACGGCCUCCAUGUCGGGGUGCUUGCGGCUCUGGGACCAUGUCGGAGGCUUGUGUGAGACCCCUCGAAACCCGUGCCGUAUGAGUUGUGGACAGUACGGACAGCUGAACGUGUCUUCGUGCCAGUGUCAGUGUAUGCGUGGAUUCACGGGCCGGUUCUGUCAGGUGCGCUGUAGUGUGCAGUGUGUGCACGGACGCUAUAAGGAGGAGGAGUGCUCCUGUCUCUGUGAUGUUGGUUAUGGAGGAGCGGAGUGUGCAGAGAAGCUGAGUUUCCCUUAUCACAGCUGUGACAUGCAGAUAGACGGUAAAUGUUACAUGGUGUCCUCUGAAGCUGAGACCUACUACACGGCCAAGCUGCGUUGUCAAGAAAGAGGAGGGAUUUUGGCUCAAGUGCACAAUCAGAAGGUUCAGGAUAUCAUGACCUUCUACCUCGGGCAGCUGGAGAACACCAAUGAGGUCAUGGACACUGACUUUGAGACACGAAACCUCUGGAUAGGUCUAACUUAUAAACCGCUGAAAGACUCGUUCCGUUGGGACACUGGAGAAACCGCCACCUUUACCAGCUUCGCUUUCGGACAGCCGGACAAUCAGGGCUUUGGGAAUUGUGUCGAGCUGCAAGCGUCCAGCGCCUUCAACUGGAAUGACCAGCGCUGCAAAACACGCAACAGAUACAUCUGCCAGUUCGGCCCAGAGCACAUCGCUCUGUGGGAGUUUGGCCGAUGAGAUCCGCGCUUCAUGACUGCUGCAGAAGAUUAUAGAUCCACGGCUGCUGUUCUUCUGCCUGGAUUAUGCGGUUGAAGCUCAGAUGUAGGAAGCCUGAUCGAUACAUCCAGAAAUACAUAAGGAAUAAAACACGUUAGGACAUGCUGCUAGAGGAAAAUAAUCCACAAUGUGGUCAUGUAACACGGCCUCGGCGUUUUUAUUUUCCCAUCGUCGUCAUGUCCUGAAGUGUUUUAUUCCUCUUCUACAUCAGCAACAUGCCUGAAAGUACAAUUUUUAUUUAUUAAACGUCAUGUUGUAAGAGAUUUUUAUCUGUUAAUAGAUUUGAAUUUUAUUCCUGUGUUACACUUAAAGUUAAAUGGAAGGUUCGGUGAAUUAAUUCUGUGACAUCACAAUUUUUUGUUCCCACAAGUUGUGGAAUCCGACAUUCGUGUACUGUUGUUGCUAUGGUAACGAAAGCAUCUGCAGUGGAGAAGGUUACAGGUUCUCUCUAAAUAUUUCAGUUAUUACUUAAUUACUUAAUCUUGAAGCAGUUACUGAAUAAUUGUUCAGUUUUUCAGUCUCUAUCUGUUUUGAAGUAACUGAUAUAAACUCACAACCCUGGAAGCUCCGCCCACUUCCUCCAAGCUCAAAUUUAUCUUAAUUUCACUUCUUAUCUUGCAGUCGCUUUGUCUGAAGCUGAACAGAGAAAGUUCUGAGAUCAUUUACAUGGAAUAAAAUCGAUAAAGUGUCAAAUAAAAUCAAAACAGUUUACAAAUACAAAUCCUUUAAAAAAAAAAAGGUAUAUAUAUAUAUAUAUAUAUAUACAGGGUGAAGAAGUAGGCACUAGAUAUAUCAGAUUAGAUUAGUUUAGAUUAGAUUAGAUUGGAUUAGAUUGGAUUAGAUUGGAUUAGAUUAUUGAGCUUUAUUGAGUGUAAACCUCAUAAACACACCUGAAAACAUGCAGUAUUUUAGGAAGUACACAACAUUGGACAGCAGUGAAGACAAUAAGAAGAUAUUGCGCAAGAAUUUGUACAAUGGGGAUAAUACGAUAAACACACAGACACACACACACACACAGACACACACACACAUUCAGUACACUUGUAAUUACGUAUUCAACUCCUAAAGUCUUCUGAAGAACCACCCAUAGAUUGCUUGCUUGUGUUGAUGAGACUCACAUAGUGUGUGUGUGUGUGUGUGUGUGUGUGUGUGUGUGUGUGCAUCAAGCAGCCUUAUGAGAUCCUACAUAAACACCACUUACACACGAAUAACAUGCACGAGGUGUUUCCCAACUCGUUUGUCUUUAACAUGGGGCUUAUGGCUGUUGUUAAUAAGGCUACAUAAAACCUUCAUGCAGCUUAUUUCAUCAUGUGUCAGUUUUAUCAGCUUCAUUUUGAUGACACAAGGUUGUUAUGACACAUUAUCAGUCUUCUCCUGCUAUGUCAGCGCUAUGUAACGGUUAUAAUGUGCAUAAUACUUGCGAUGCUCUCACCAUGGCAACACUAAUAUAAUCACAUCCUGUAGACUUAUGAAAUAAAUGACUUAUAAAUGAUGUAAUAAAGGAUAAUAAAUGACCUGAGAUUUUCCCA